CAAACAGUGAGUCCCACAAUCACAAGCCUUCCCAGGCGAAGUGGGACCAGACUGGGAACGCUGAGAGCUGAGCUGUUGAGGGGGCUCCUGUUGUGCCCCCGUGCCGUGCUGGCGGGGACGUCGCGCCACGCGUGAUAAAGAACGCCUUCAGUCAAGUGCUGGGAUGGACGCGGAAGGUGGCGUGCGGGGUGGGCGGACGAGGAGAACAGGGUGCUGCUGUGAUGGCGAUGGUGUCACCUCUGGGCGCGCUUCCAUGUACUUCGUGGGAAGGGGAUACUGGCGGGGAAGAAGUGGCAUGCGGGCGACGGAAUUGACAACACAAUGAUGAGGAGUGGGAGACCGGACCCACGAGGGAGUUGUGGAGGUGCCGCCAUGGACAAGAAGGAGGAAAUGCCCGCGUCGAAGGAGGACAAGCGUAAGAGAGAGAAGAAGCCCAAAUCCGUCAAGCUUUUCCGGAAGAAAUCACUCAAGUCCGUGGGGAGUUUAAUGAACAGAAUCAUGAAAACUCUUGGCACUUUCACCCACUUUGCAGACACGCAGGACGUGGAGGACGACGACGGGGGGUUUAAGAAUGGCGCACCUUGCACUCUCAGUGCCAGCUCAGGGAUCGUCAAAGAGGAUGUACAGGUGCCUCGGCUGGCCAAGAACCAUCCGCUUGGCAGGGACAAACUACUUUACCACUACGGAGACAAAAUGCCUGGCGUUCUGGGUUUGAAAAACCACGGGAACACGUGUUUCAUGAACGCCGUGGUCCAGUGUUUGAGCAACACCGACCUGCUGGCCGAAUACUUGGGACUGGAGAGGUACAAGUUGGACCUGAGUGACACAGCCAUCAACGGGUGUGCCAGGGCUGGGGAGACACACUUUGCGAACGGAGAGGUCACGGAGCAUUUGGCCUCGCUUGUUAGGGCUCUUUGGACUUUGGAAUAUACACCACAGCUGUCUGUGGACUUCAAGGCUAUCGUGUCAAAGUAUGGAUCACAAUUCCGUGGCAAUUCCCAACAUGAUGCCCUGGAGUUUCUUCUGUGGCUGCUGGAUCGCGUCCAUGAAGACAUCAAUCUGGCCUCACACAAUAAUAACAAUACAACCAAAGCUUGUGAUAAGGGUCCAGAUGAAGAGGAAAAUCUGCUACAUCCAGACCUGUCCCAUUCUCAACAGCUCACCCAACAUAGCUUUGUCCAGGAACAUUUUCAGGCACAGUACAAAUCUUCACUGACAUGCCCCCAUUGUUUGAAACAGAGCAACACAUUUGACCCUUUCCUUUGUAUCUCACUGCCAAUUCCUCUUCGACAGACCAGGCCAUUGUCUGUGACUCUGGUGUUCAGCACCAAAGGACAAAGGUAUCUGCGAGUCGGUCUCGCUGUGCCUCUGUUUGGCUCUGUCGCCUGCUUGAGGAGGAUGGUGGCUGAUGAGGGCAACAUUUCCCCAGAUCAGGUGAUCUUGACUGAGGUUUACUCCACUGGAUUCCAGCGCUCCUUCUUUGACGAAGACGAUCUGACCAGAAUAGCUGAAAAUGAUGUCAUCUAUGCCUUCCAGGCUCCGCCCCUCUACAUCAGAGGCGGCUCUGCACGAACAUCAGGAUACCAUCACAGUCUACCAUCUUCUACUUAUGCCACCGGUCCUGAGGGGAAAAGAUUACCUGCAUCUGGGGCGCUGUCUUCAGAAUUUCUCAACCAGGGCGUCCCUGUAAAGAUUUUGCUGUUGGUAUGCAACGCAGCAGGAGCAGGACAACAAACUGUGAGGUUUGGUCCUCCAUUCUUAAUGAGGGAGGACCGGUCCAUUUCCUGGGAUCAGCUCCAACAAAGCAUUCUGAGCAAGUUAUACUACCUGAUGAUCAAUGGGGCGCCGGCACAGAAUAACAGAGUGCUGUUUAACAUCCGGGUGGUUGGAGGAUCAUCAUUUUACAGCUACUUGUCACCACAGGACAGUCGGCCACUCUACCAUCCUGCUGUUGACAGAGCUCUGAAACUGUGCAGCCCAGGAGGACCGCCACAUGUGAAGCUCAUCAUUGAAUGGGAGUACAGAAUCAAAGACUGCCUAUUUGGUAACAUUCAGGAGGAGGUGGUGAAGGAUGCGGACAGUGUGAGGAAUCAGCAGCAGCAACAUGUCCAACAAUACAGUUGCACCUUAGAUGAGUGUUUUCAACUCUACACCAAAGAAGAGCAGCUUGCGCCUGACGAUGCCUGGAAGUGUCCACACUGUAAGCAGCUUCAGCAGGGCAUGGUGAAGAUGAGCUUGUGGACACUACCGGACAUCCUUAUCCUCCACCUGAAGCGUUUCCGACAAGUGGGCGAGCGGAGAAACAAGUUGACCACGUUCGUACAUUUCCCACUGGUGGACCUGGACAUGACGCCGCACGUGGUGAACCGCAACCACGGCAAUCAGUCUCCGCCACAAACUCAGCCAGGAUGGAAGCAGUCCAAGCGACCCGACCUGGCUCCCCUAGACUUCCUGUAUGAUCUGUAUGCUGUGUGCAAUCACCACGGUGGCAUGCACGGAGGGCAUUACACAGCCUUUUGUCGAAACUCUGUGGAUGGUCAGUGGUACAGCUAUGAUGACAGCAAUGCUGAGGCAGUUCCCGAGGGAGAUGUGUGCACACGGGGUGCAUAUAUCCUCUUCUAUCAAAGACGAAAGACCAUACCGCCGUGGUCUGCGAGCUCUUCAGUAACUGGCUCCACCAGCUCAACCACUUCCGACCACUGGCUCGUGCGACUCACAGGAAGUAGUGACAGAGGUGCCAUGGUGUCAGCAGCAUCCAUUUCUGAAACCCCAGGGCUCAUGCAUGCUUUGGAGUCUACUGAUCAGCCAGUGUUUGGAGAAGAACCCCGCAAAACAGCACACAUAAAUGGAUUUGAGUCCAAACCAUUUGUCCGUGGGACCCAGGCAAGGAGUGUCAGCAUGAGAUCGCCAACUAAGCUUAAGGAUCCUUUGAGCAAAGUCCUGCCUCUGAGGUGGUCAUUUGGAGCCAAGGACCGCAUGAAACAUUCCGUGGAGGCCCAGUCUGGGGAACUGGUAGAAUAUUUGGAGUCUGGCCGUCGUCCACGAUGUACCAAAGACCCCAUCGUAGAGCUGGUGGCCACUCCGCCGCAAAGGCAUGCCCAAGGAAGAGCCUUUGAGGGGGCGCAGGAGUGCAGCUCACCAAGCGGAAGCAGCCUUAGUUGCACAGAAACAUGCUAUUCUCCCAAAAUCCCAGAAGGACAAAGCAGGCCUGGUACGGACAGACACCUCAGCAACAACAUCAAAGGCAGGGAUGAUGGUUCCCUGAGGGUGAGGUCAACUCAUAAAAGAGCGAGACAGGAGCAAGGCAGGACUGUGGAUCUCCAACUCCAGAGAGUGGCCAUGUUAGGAACGCACCUUAGCCAUAGCGCACCGCCAAGCAGGGAUUCCACACUGAGAAAAAACAAAGUCCAUUUCAGUGGGGGCAGCAGAGCCCCGAAAGAAACAUUGCUUGCACAACCGGAAGGACAAAGGGGACGUGAGGAUCAGAGCCAAGAGAGCCUCGUGGCCUUUUUUAAACCUGCUUUCAUCAGGAAAGACAUUCCGAGAUCCCCGCUGAAAGAUCACGAAAGACGUGCCAACGGAUAUGGACAUUUGGGAAAGCUGUCAAGUGCCGAUUUUACCAAAUUGUCUCUCUCCAACGGAACGCUGACCUCGACGGCAAAAGACGAGCGAAAGGUCAACGUGCUCCCCUGCUGCAAGGUCCAGCUGUUAAACGGACAGGCCGCGUGCUACAACUGCGCUGAUAUCAAGCGCGCUCACAGCUCCGGCAACAUUCAGACAAAACUAGACGGGACGUUCCACAGAUGCGCCUCACUGCAUAGAAACGGUGACAUUACGGUCCCGCACCGUGUCCCACUCUCGGACAAGCCAAGCUUUGCCACCUUGCAGACGACACGAUUCAGUACCACCUCCCUGGUGCCUCUGUGACAUCCCACAAUGACUUGCAGACCAAGACGUCAGCCACCGAAACCAUUGCUGGAUAAAAGAGUGUCAUCUCUCCUCUGUUUAUACAGUAGUACUGUUACUCCUUACCUGUGUGUGUCUUAAACUAAAUCUAUGCAGAGUUGAAUUACUGAGGUGAGUUACUUGCUGUCGUUUAUAGGAAUUGUGUCCUAGCACUUUGUGUCCUGCUAUUACUGUACGUCAUUUUGGAAUACAUUGAACCUCUGCUAUUCGCAGCCCAAAAAAGGUAUAUAAUUACCCAUAGAUGAGGCAAAGAAGUGUGUUUGUGAUAAUGAAAUCCCUACGGCACAAAGAUGCCAGAUGAUGGCGCCAAAGUCAUUUGGUGGAAGCACAAAACAGUCUUUCACCAAAUUAUGGGGUGUACACCCUCCCCCGACAAUAAGAAUAAUAUAUCUGCUGAAAAGAAAAGACAGGUUUUUGCAGGAGUUCACUAUAUUCUAAAAGCUGUGGUGUGUACCUAUAUCAUAAUUAGGGAACAGUAGAUUUGAAUUUCAAUUCAAACACUUUGUUGGGAUUUUUCACACACGGAAAAAAAUGCACUGUAAAUUGGCUGUUCAAUCAUGUUUUUGUAACAUUGCACUUUUAUAGAACAUAUUUAAUUCCAUGACUUAAAUUGUAUGCCCUUCCAAAUUUAGGUACAGUAUGACACUGUUCCGAAUUACACUACGUGUGUUUCUGUGUUUUUUAAGUGCCACAGGUAUUGAAUGAAAAGAUGUUGUAUGGGGAUGUACUGAUGAAUUUCAACAUGUUUAGGAAGUUGCCUAACUUCCAUCUUCGUAAAUAGUUAAAGUAAAUCCAUGCACACACAAAAAUUCAACUUUGCACCAAUAAAAGAUCUUUUUUUUUUUUUUUGCACCUCAGCAGUGUGUGUAUUGUUAAUUUGUAAAAUUUGUAAUGCAAUUAUAUUAAUUGAAGUUAAACCUCUGCAUAUAAAAGAUAAGUGGAAGUACCUUUUUUUUUUUUUAAAUGUGAGUUUUAAUUUUGUACAAACACUAGAGAAACAAGGAGAGAAAGUUUGGUAGCCACAGUUAAACUUCUACUUGAAAAUAAACAUUAGGAUUAUAAUCCUCUUUUUAUAAAGUAGGAGGAAAAGCACAAAUUAAAAGAUGCUCUUCAGAUGUCUAAAUUAGCCAUUCGCAUGUCUUUUUUUAUUUUGUGUUUUAUACAUUGUAAAAAUGUCACACUGGAAAUUUCACUGUUUGGGAAUGUGAAGGAGAGACCUGAUUGGUUGACACUGUUGUAACUGUGGUCAACUCCUCUCUCUUCAUUAAAAGGAAAUGAAGAAUGUUUAUAGAUUAUAUUUUAUUACUAACUUUUUUUAAAGUCUACAUUUUGUACUGACAUGUAAUAUUGAAAGUGUUUCAUCUUAAUAUCUAGAAGUGGGGUGGCUAAACUGGACACAAUACACUAAAGUCCCUGUAUUGGACUUUCUAUAUCUGCUUCAUGUACUGACAUUUUCUGGUUUUCACAUUAAA